AUGAAGGGUUGUAGGUUUACUUUUUGUAAGGAAGACAGAGGCAAGUUCAAGCUUAGCAAAAUUUACAGGGUGCUUGUUGGGAAUGAGGUGAUGGAUAAGUGGCCUAAUGCUACUCUUAGAGCCUUGCCCCGGGGCUUGUCUGAUCGUAACCCUCUCCUUUUGAAGAUCAAGAAUGUGAACUACGGUCCUAAACCUUUCCGUUUUUUCAAUUCUUGGCUUGACAAGGGUGAGUUGGAAGAGGUUGUACAUAAGGCUGUUGAGUCGUUCGUUUACAAUGGGCCUGCGGACUUGAAACUUAUACUGAAAUUGAAGCAUACCAAGAAACAUGUGAAACAAUGGCGAGAAGAGUCAAAAGUAAAAGACGAAGAAGAGAUGGCUAAAAGCAAGAAAGAAUUGGAGGAGAUUGAUUUAUUGUUAAAAGAAAGGGAAAUAAGUGAUGAGGAAUGUUGGAUUCGGACAAAGUGUUUGAAGAACAUUAUCAAAUUGGAAGAGGCUAAAGCAAAAGACUUGAAACAGAGAGUUAAGUGGGCGAUCGAUGGGGAUGAAAAUUCUCGCUUUUUUCAUGGCUUUAUAAAUAAAAGAAGAACGGUAAAUUGUAUUCAAUGGGUCCAGAUUAAUGGUAUUUGGGAGGACAGGCCGAAGUUUGUUAAGAAACAUAUACAUAACUACUUCAAGAACAAAUUUCAUGAGGAUUGGGCCAGUAGGCCCCAGUUGUCGAACUGGACUGGAGCUACUUUAAAUAGGGACGAGGCGGCUGGAUUCAUUUUGGAGUUUAGUCCGGGUGAAAUAAAGAGAGCCAUUUUCGAAUGUGGCAAUGACAAAGCUCUAGGGCUUGACGGAUCCAAUUCAAUUUUGGAUUUGUCAAGCAGUUUUGGUAUCUUCUGGAAAACGAUUUUGUUGAUUUAUUUAAUGAGUUUUAUGUUUCAGGUUAUUUCUAAAGUCCUCUCGAAUAGACUUAAGAAAGUAUUGGCAUCUGUUAUCUCUUCUAACCAAGCCUUCUUUUUGGGUGAGAGAAACAUCAUUGAUGGGCCUCUCAUUCUCAACGAGGUGCUGGCUUGGGCCAAGAAGAAGAACAAGAAACUGUUUGCUUUCAAAUUUGACUUUGAGAAGGCGUAUGACAACUUUAACUAG